AUGCCUCCAAAACGGAAUGCACGAAAACAGGAUUUAGAUUUUCAGGAUAACGAAGCACCAAAAGAAAGUAAGAAAGGUCAGACAAAAGAGAACCCUAAAAGGGGGACCCAUAAAAUACCUUCCUCUGAGGAUAAUUACGAGCAGCGCGUUGAGCCUCCUCUAAAAGAUAAAACUAAAAAGGGUAAAAAGAACAAAAAGAGAGGCGAUUCAGACUCAGAGGAGCAAGAGACUCAAUUUAACUCAAAAUGCCUUAUUGAGGAUGCUAAAAAUUCCGCAUUGAGUAAGAAAGCUGACGUGGAAAAAAGGGUGAAAGUGGCGCCUCAUAAAGGCAAGAAGAAAAAAGGUGACAUUCAGCCGCAAAGUGAUUCUGAACACGAAAAGCUGUCUAGUGACGUUGGAAAUAACAUCCCUUCGGAGAAGCCAAGUGAUGACAUGAUGGGUGAUGUUUGCGUAAAUGAAGAUAAUGUUCAAAUUCCAGAGUCGGGCGUCGACGAUGAAUUUUACACCAAAAAAAGAAAGGCUGGCCGAGCUAAGAACAGGAAGGCUGAUCCCCAAAUCUCUAAACCAGAACAAACCAUUGUUCAGAAUGCCAAAAAAAAUAAAACAGUAAAAAAGGGAAAGCGCAACAAAGAUGGUUUUAAUGAUUCAGAUGAUUCAAACUCGCAAUUUCCAGAUCUGACCGGUAAACUACAAAGCCUGACAAUUGAAAAUAAUGACGAGCAAGAUGAUGAUUUUGAGGAGAUCAGUUUGUCGUCUAAAAGCCGUUUUGGAGUUUUUUCUCAAUUGGUACCAACUAAUGUCGACCGGGCACAAGUUAAAAGCAUGAAUGUUGAUGUGCCACCAAAGACAACCAAGAUUAGCAGCCAAAAUGAUACUGAAGUAUGUACAAAUAUUUUGGCUAAUACGCAUCAGCCUUUGGUUUCUAAAGAUUCUGACAUACAAAGCGCAGAAAUAUUAACUUCUGACCAUUCUUCAGUGAUGGAUAAUGCGACAAAGGAAUUAGACCUCGUUCCUAAUGAAACCCCGAAUGAACUUGUCGAUACGUUUGACGAAAGUAAAAAAGAAUCAAUUAUUGAUAAGCAUGACGUAAAUGGAGUGUUAGUGGAACCGGGUGAAUUGGAACCUGCAUCUGUAAAGCUAAAGAUAUCAAAGAAGGAACUCAAAAAAAUCAAGAAGAAAGAAGAAUUUGAAAGGUUGAUAGAGGACUCAAAGGCGAAAAUUAUUUCUGCCUCGGGUACUUUGGAUAACUUUGCUCUCUCUCAGGCUGGUGCUGGAAUGGCUAAAGUCAGCGCAUUCGACAACCAAGUUGACAUAAAGGUGGAAGGGUUUUCGAUAGCAGCGAAAGGGAAAGAUCUUUUUGUUAAUGCAAAUUUAAGCAUUGUUCGAGGGAGGCGAUACGGUCUCGUGGGCCCCAACGGUUUGGAUUAG